GCAUCUUCUUUCCCCGCCCAGGUCUUCCGAGAACAGGCCAUAGACGGGGAGACGUUGCCCCUCUUGACCGAAGAGCACUUACUGAACAACAUGGGGCUGAAGCUGGGGCCAGCAUUGAAGAUAAGGUCACAGGUUGCCAAGAGAGUGGGUCGCGUGCUGUAUAUGGCCAGCUUCCCCAUGGCCUUCCCGCUGCAGCCUCCAGGCCUGCGCCCCGCAGACCGUGAUUUGCCUCCUGCCGACCUGCGGCCCGCCUCCACAGGAAGCAUGGCCUCCUCUCCUUACAGUGGCUCCCUCCUCCCAGCAAGCCGGAUCUCACCAAAGCAGGAAAACGGAAACCCCUCCUUGUUGGCUGCCCUCAACGACGCCACGAAGCCGCCGUCUUAACUGCCCUCCACCCAUCCAGCUUGGGCCUCAGACCACUGGAACUGAACGCUGCCCCCCCCCCCCCAAAAGCUGGAAGGGGGCAUUUUUAAAGCAACGCAUUCAACUUUGGGAUUUAAAAGAUGACAGGAAACCAGUCCAAAGAUUUCUUGGAAGCAAUUCACAGUGUCCGAUGGCUUUUGAAGAAAAGGAAGUCUCUUUCCUUCUUUGCCUUUUUUUUAAAAAAAACCAACUCUUGAGGAGAGACCCCCAAACCUUCUGGUCGCCCCUACACCCGCCCCAGCAGCGAGGAAACUCCGCCGUGUUCAACGUGUGUCCCUCGCUGGAACCUGUACGCAAGUCCUCUUUCAGGGUGUCUAUGCAUCACUAACAACUUUUAAAACAAUACCAAAGACAAAACAAACUGACCCCAGUUCUGGUCCAUGUUUACUUCAGUUUGGAUGGUACAGCACAGGUAGCUCUGUGGGGUAGCAAUUUUUUUUUAAUUUCUUUUUUUAAAAAAAGACUAAUUGUGGAGGUUUUGCUCCUUAAACCUUGCAAAGACCGACUGUGAUGGAGUCCCUCCUCCCCUGAGUCCUGCACAAACUGUUUUUGGCAGAAGAAGAAAUAAUAAUAAUAAUAAUAUAGCAUUACGGGGUAGAGGAGGACCGUGACAGAGAAGGACACCUCCGCUCUCUGAACAGCGCGUGUACAGAAGACUUGCUUUUAAUUUUUACUUUGUCGUGUGCGUGGGGAAUGUGUGCGCGUAUGUGUGUGGAUACUGAGGGGGCGGGGCUUGUUGCAGAAGGCGGAGUUGCACAUUUUGCCUGGCCCCACGACCAGGUGAGAGGUACCCACACCCUUUGGACAAGGAGCUCACGUCACCUGCCGCCGCCGCCGCCCCUUGCGAUUUGUACAGUGGUGGAAAACAAUCAUGUGAUUGAUGCUUGUCCGUCUCUGUCUAUUGGCCCUCCCCGUUUUAAAACACUGCACGUUAUGUUCUUUUUGAAAAUGCAAACAACAACAACAAAAAGGAAAAUUAGCUUGGUGGUACCUUAGCUUCUUUAUAUAUUGUAAAUGGUAAUUAUCCGUCACACCGAUGGCCGAUGCUUUCCAGCAAAUCAAUUUAAAUAAUAAUAAUAAAAAAGAGAAAUCACUUAAUUUAUAAAA